UAAAUGUAUGACGUCACUUGGAAAGAUGGCCGCUUCCUUUGGAGCAACGCUGCUUCUUUAGUCCAGACAACUACAACUUUGUUUAAUUGAGUUUGUUAUUAAAGCUUUUAAUUAGCCACACAUCUUAAUCGAGUGUUUUAAUUGUUGUUGCGGAGAUGAAGACCUUCUGUGGAAGAGCCAACCCGACCACUGGAGCUUUAGACUGGGUGGAGGAGAGCGAGGAGUACGACUACCACCAGGAGAUAGCCAGGUCCUGCUACGCGGACAUGCUCCACGACCGUGACAGGAACGAGAAGUACUACCAGGGCAUCCGGGCAGCUGUGGCCAGAGUAAAGGAGCGGGGUGAGAAGGUCAUCGUGUUAGACAUCGGGACAGGAACAGGCCUGCUGUCCAUGAUGGCUGUCACCGCUGGAGCCGACUUCUGCUAUGCUGUCGAGGUUUUUAAGCCCAUGGCUGAAGCAGCACAGUGCAUUGUGACGAAGAACGGCUUCUCUGACAAGAUCAAGAUUAUUAAUAAACACUCAACAGAUGUCACUGUUGGGCCAGAUGGAGACAUGCAAACGAAGGCCAAUGUUCUGAUCACUGAGCUGUUUGACACAGAGCUGAUAGGUGAAGGAGCCCUGCCGAGCUAUGAACAUGCUCACAGAAAUCUAGUCCUGGAGGGUUGUGAGGCGGUUCCUCAUCGGGCCACCGUCUACGCUCAGCUGGUGGAGUCUGAGCUUCUGUGGAGCUGGGCUCAGAUGCAGCCGGUGGAGGUGGAGGGGGCCCGUGUGGUCCCACCGCCUGCAGUGGGCCACUGUGCUGGAGCUCAUUCGGUGUGUGACAUCCAGCUGAGCCAGGUGUCUCCGAACAGCUUCAACCCGCUGGGUCCCCUCUGCACCAUGUUCAGUGUGGAUUUCAGUAAACCAGUCAGCAGCGCGCUUCAGGCCCACUCCUCCCAGUUUGCGUCUCAGUCGGACGGUCGGGCCCACGUGGUGCUGUCCUGGUGGGACCUGGACAUGGAUCCCAGUGGAAGCAUUGUCUGCAGCAUGGCUCCCAGCUGGGCGUACCCACAGCCGAAGAGCGCUCCAUGGAGGGACCACUGGAUGCAGAGUGUGUACUUCCUGCCUGUGGAGAGCACAGUGACCAAAGGAGAGGAGCUGAGUCUGACUGUGUGCCAUGAUGACUACAGUCUGUGGUACAGUCUGCGGCCUCACAGCCAACAGAACUCACCGACCGAGGCUCCUCCCUCUCGGCCGUGUUGUACCUGUCAGGCUCACCUGGUGUGGAAUCGUCCACGUUUUGGAGAACACAACGACAGACGGCGCACAGAGAGCUACGUCAGCGCUCUACGCAGUGUCCUGAAGGAGGACAGUGUGUGUCUUAGUGUGAGUGAUGGCAGUCUGCUUCCUGUGUUUGCGCACAUACUCGGAGCCAAAAAGGUCUACAGUUUGGAAAACUCCAGAAUGUCCAAACAGGUUAUUGAACAGGUGUUGGAAGCCAACUUGAAGAAAGGAGGUGUGGAGCUGCUUGAGAUCAGGCCUGAGCAGCUGACCAGCAGUGAUGUAGGAGGGGAACAGAUCUCAGUCCUGAUGGGUGAGCCGUACUUCAGCACCAGCCUCUUACCCUGGCACUCUCUCUUCUUCUGGUACUGUCGGACGGCCCUGGCAGGCCUCCUCCGGCCCGACGCCACCAUACUGCCCCGCUCUGCCACACUGCACAUGAUGGCUGUAGAGUUCCAGGAUUUGUGGAGGAUACGAGCACCGUGUGGAACAUGUGAAGGCUUUGACGUAACACCCAUGGAUGAAAUGGUCCAGAGAUCUCUGGAUUUCCGUGAGUCCCGUGAGGCCGAGCCCCACCCUCUCUGGGAGUACCCGUGUCGUGCUCUGACCCAGUCCUCAGCCGUCAUGACCUUUGACUUUACGGAGUGUGUCCCUAAACAGCCAAUCAGCAGCCAGGGCUCACUCCCUCUCAUAAGGGUUGGUCGUUGCCAUGGUAUUGCGUUGUGGAUGGAAUAUCAUCUAACCGAUGACAUCAUUGUCAGUGCAGGUCUGAUAGGACCAAUCAGUGAGCAGGGCGAGUGUGAGUGGAGUCGACACAGGAAACAGGGAGUGUAUUUUCUCAGCUCACCGUGGGACAGUUCAGGUGAUGGCCGAGCAGCAGUGUCUUACAACUACACCUUUGAGCCCACUUUAGGAGACAUUAAGAUGGACUUCAGCAUCCAGUCCUAGUGACUGAAGAACGGACUAUUAAUGCUGAGCUUUCACCUCUCACUGCUGUCUGGAUCGUCUUCUUUCUUGGUGCACAUUUAACAUCUGUGAUUCAGCCAGUGUAGUUAUUCUACUAACUGAACAGAAAUUUGCCCUUCCAGGUUCCAGUUGCCCUUUUUUGUGAUAGUAACCUGUUACAGGCAUUUCAGCAAAAACAAAUCUGAAGAGCUGAAGUUCGUGUACCAGAGAGGUGUUGUAACCGGUCAACCAUCUAGCAAAGCCAAACGAUUUGUUCUAGAAAUGUUUUAUAAAGUUUAAUAUUUGUUGUCUAACAUUUUGUGUCAUUGUGGAGUUUCCUAUGGGGAAGUUUACUUUUUAAAAACAGACAGUAACAUUUAACCUGAGCUCUUAAUUUCUAAUAUUCUUUCAAGGACUGAUAAUGUUGGAUUGUUCUCUGAAAUUACACCUCCAUGUUUGUAGUGCUCUUAUCUGAACAGUAAUGAAGGAAUGUGCUUUUAUAAGAGAGUGUACUAUCUGCUGUUAAUAAAGCCGUCAUCCAUACUGACUCAAGUAAAUGCGCUGCCUAUAGACAUAC